UUAAAGAUUGUUUUUGCUGUUCGUGGUUCUGCUUUGUUACAUGUCAGUUUUUUUUAAAAUAAAUUGUCUUUACAAGUUUGGUGGGAUAAAUUACUUGUCAUUAAAAUCGCUUCAUUUAUAAUUUUUUUUCUAACACGUUAACCUUAUGACCAAGUGUUUGGACCUCUGGGAUGUUUAAACGGAAAACACUGACAUACGAAGCUAACUUCUGGACUAGCUUACAGGAUGUCUAAACUUGAGCGUUUGAACGCCCGGGUGGCCAGACUCUUGACCGAAGCCGUGCAGGAGGUUCUGGAGGUGGUGAAGGAGACGGUGUCAGAGUACCAGGAGAAAACAGCCAGGACACAGAGAGAGAACGAGAGUCUGAAGAGGAGACUGCAGGAGCUCCAGGACAAAAUACCAAAAGAAAGCACCCAUGAGAACACAUAUAAUUUUUCUGUCCUGACUACAAGUGGGCCGUCAGCAGAGGAAAGCGACACAACAGCGAAGCAGGAUCUGAGUAUCAUUCAGAAGCAUGACUUGGAUGUUGUUGCUCUCGCAGAGCAAAACAGCAACCAGCUCAACUAUGUCUUGAAGCAGGAGACUAAAGAAAAAGAGAGCCACAGCAGUAUUCAGACACAAGCUGAGUCCAAGUUGGCGCAAACGUCCACAGACCACCACAAAGUACAGCUGGCAGAUGCAACGCACAACUUAGAGGGGCAGCGUAUGCCGUCUGAACCCAGGGACGCCGGAGCAGACCCUUACUCCAGCACACUGUUUGGGUUAAACAUGGCUGCCAUCAAAAGUGAAUCAGAGCCCACAGACUGCAUGUCAUCACAACAACCAUGUCUUCAAUCCCAGUACACCGGCUGCAUGGAUUUAAGCUGCAACUCCUCUCGUCACACCUCUGCCGAGACCCUCAGGCCGCAAGCUAGCGCUGAGCCUUACGGACUCGUUUUUGUUCGUUCAAAUCACAUGGCACACAGGAGGCAUGGAUUAGCAAAGAACACCAGGGCCGGUUUGGACGGCAGACAGAUCAGGAUGGAGCACCUCAGGAGAGACGGCUUCCACUUGUGCGUGGUCUGUGGAAAGACAUUCAGCAGGGUCGGGAACCUGAGAAUCCACCAGCGCUGCCACACUGGAGAGAAGCCGUACGGCUGCGUCCAGUGUGGGAGGCGCUUCAGUCAGGCGGGAGACCUGAAAAAACACAAAAGGGUCCACACGGGGGAGAAGCCGUACUACUGCAGCCAGUGUGGAAAGAGCUUCAGUCGAGGGGAGAACCUCAAAAGACACCAGAGGAUCCACAUCGGAGAGACGCUCCAGCUGCAGCAAGCAUGUCAGGAGCAGCAGUAGUGAUUACAGCACUGAGUCGAGUGCACAUCAAUAAAAUUAGCACAGUUUUUUGUUUCUUUUUUAGAGAUUUUUAAAGGUUGAUUUUUGACCUGUGAUCCUAGUUUUAGAAACAGUUGCAGUGUAUUUAAAUUGUUGCUAACUCACUGGAGCUGUUGGAAGGCUCCUCUGUUUGUCACUCUAAGCAUGGAGAAGCCAGACUGCUGUUUUUCCCCCUCUUAACCAAAGAGGGGAAGUCUUAAAAAAAAGCAUACUCUCUAUAUCUGAUAUAUCUGGUAUAGCAUAUCCGUGCAGUGUUACUUUGGUGACACAACUCAACCGAGUGUUGAAAUUGUAAUAACAGACGGCAGCAGAUGGGCUUCCAUGCGUUGUUGUAACUUGCAAGAAUAUAUGUCAGUGCUCAAGAGAAGCAUCUUAAACAGGAAGCUUCUGUCACCUUUCAGCUAAUUACAUUCUCAAGGUGCUACACAGGACAUAUAAAUAAACACCAGGCAUCAGUGUGGUUUACACAGGGUGUAUCAAAAGAGUCAUCCAAUUUCGAAAGGCUGUAUUUUUUAAAGAAACUGUGUUUCAGUCAUUACUGGUGAACGACUGAACAGUUAAAGCAUUUUAACAACAGAUUAUUCCUUUUGAUACACCCUGUGUAAUGAAUAAAGCUAGAAAUGUAAAAAGAAAACACAAAAACAUGCAGUUUUAUAUAUAAAUGUGAGCUAUUCAUUUAGACCGAGAGAUGUUAAGAUUUUAUUGGAGCUACAUUUGAAACAGCUUAUACAGAAACAAGAGUCCAGCGAUACAUUUGUAUGGCCUGUGAAAUCCAAUCGAACUUAUGUAUGCUAAAAAUGUGUUUGUAUGUAUGUCUUGUGAAGCUCCGAGGGAAUGUGACUUCUAAAAGUUGGGUCGUGCCCAAAUGUUUCAUAAACACUGCUGCUUCAUUUAAAAAAGUAGAUUUUUUUACAUGUUUCUAUGAUAUUAUGAAGAACAAUAAUAAGCAUUUUAUAAGAUUCAAAUAGAUGACCCCUCCCUGAACCUGGUUCUGCUGGAGGUUUCUUCCUGUUAAAAGGGAGUUUUUCCUUCCCACUGUCACCAAGUGUUUGCUCACAGGGGAUUAUUAUUGAUGGACUUUGCUCCAUCAUGCUGGAAAAUUGCCACCAGAUUGCUAUUGGAUCACUGGAAGAAGUUGGGCUUGGAGGACGUUUAUAGGAUAGUCAAUUCAUGAAAAGUAAUUGGACAAGCAGAAGCCCAAAAGCUGUGAUCGGCUGGAGAGCUCUGAUCAUGCAGAUCUCAAAAGCUGAUAUCCUGCAUGCCACAAAGAAUUGCAGAAGUUAUGAAGAAGAUGAUGAAAUGCUUGUGAUUGUUCUUCUGUGCCAUGGAAACAUGCAGGGGUUAAAGUUUCAUUCCCACAUCUUCAGUUAAUGAGUAAUUAAUGUGCUGCAGUCUGGCGGUCCAUCCAGUUGAUGCCAUGGAGAUACUUACUCAGGGAGAGUACUGAAGCACAAAUGGAGUAAAUGUGUUUAAAGUGGCAGGUCAUUUCAAAUAGCUCAGCAAUAAAUACACAAACUGUCUGUGCAGCUUGGCUAUGGAAGCUAAAGAUACAGCUGCUAUUUUCCAGAGAGAGAGAAAAGUGAAUCUGUGAUACAAUCACUCUCAGAGAUGGAGAAAAAUAAUAAGAGGAUAAUGAGGUUAUUUUCAAAAGCUAUGAACUGCUCAGAGAGCGACAAUUGACUAGCUAGAAAUGUAAAGCUUUACAUGUAAUGUGAUGUAAACGAUCCUUGUUCUGUUUUGGGGGUUUUUUUAUCAGAAGCUAGAUCUGUGCAGGAUGUUUUGCUGUAGCUUAAUGGUUAUUUCACGUUGCGAAACUUGAAUUGGAAUCAUUUUGUGUUAUUUAAAUGUAUGAAAUGUAUGAAGUAUGAAAAUACUACACAGUUCAGUGCAGGCUAAACUGCUGUGUUAGCGGUGUUUACAUCCAGUGUACAGUACUGUGCUGUGUUGUGCUGCUGUAGAGCAGGCUGUGGUAUUCGUGGCCACUUAAGUUAGGUGAAGCAGUGGUGGAGAUAGAUAACCAGGUGAAUAUGGUGUAAAACUGAGGUAAAUUUACUUUGCUGAUGCUUUUGCACUGAUGAAAUUCACCUUUAUUUACGUGAAAUUGAACACGGUUUGAUUUAAAAAAAAAAAAAUUAAAUCUGAAGUUUAAAAACCACCAAGGUGAAUCAAGGCUAGCAGCCGUCACUUUAACUUCAGACUGAUGAUGCUGUUUAGCUUAAAUUCUACCUUUCAUAUUGCCUUUAUACCAGCCAGGUGUUGAAAUAACCUCUUCUUAGGUCAUGUUAAAAUCACCAAAAACAGUUACUCUAUCAGCUGACAGCCUGUACCCACAAAGAGAGAGGAAAUCUACUGGCACUCACAAUGAAAAUUAAUUUGUAACUUAUUAGUAAGUGAUUCAUUAGCUCAUGCUGCACUGCUUCAGUUGAUCUUAGGGAUUUGCAGCCUGCCAAAUCCCACUGUAACCCCUGGAAACAUGUAAGAAAUAAUCUAAAUAAGAAAUGAAGCAGCAAAGUGUUUAAAACACAUACCUUUGGCUAUACAAAAAGGAAAUAAAUAUGUUCUUGCAAGUUAGAUGGUGUGCAGGAGUCUCUUUGUCUCCUAUGGUACAAGCAUUACAAAUGCUAUAUUGAUAUAUUGAUGUGUGUCUUCUAGGUCUGAUUCCGUUAUAACAGUUUCCUGUGAAACGUUGGUUUGAAAAGGAGGUUAACUCGACGAGUUGACCUCUUUCGGUCACCUGCAGAAUGUGUCGUCAUUUUAGUAAAUGUCAGAGAAACCUUUUAAAAAUCUGAAUCGCAUAAUUGUCACUAAAGCUGCCCGACUUUCCAGACUGAUUAAAGGCUUUCUGAUGGUUGGACAUAUGUAUUGCAAGUUAAACUUGGUUUGUGAAGCAGAGGCAAUAAACUAAUUUAUUACCAUUACA